ACCAUGGGCAUUUAUAACACACGCCUCGAAGCUGCGUUUCAAAACAUCGUCGGUUGAUUUAGCGGAGCGGCUGUCGGCUUGUCAAUCCUAAGAGGCUUCGUGUCAUUUCCAGAGCUUGUAGCCAGUUUUCGCCUCGUCAUGCACAGCCGCAUCCCAGUUUUAUUCAUUUUUCUGCACGGAGUUCAGCUCCUGCUUUCGGCUCCUGUUCAGAACUCAGCGGAGUCGGGGGAGCCCUGGUUUUGCCGUGAACUCGAAUGUCCAGCGUACGUCGUGGUCAAGAGUUAUGAGAAUUUUGAAGAACGGAGAUACGAGGCAAGUUGCUGGAUGACAACUGAACUUGAAGGGUCCUACACGCGUGCUGUAUACUUGGGUUUCAUGCGACUUUUUUGGUACAUCAACGGAAAUAAUGCCGCUGGUGAGAAGAUUCCAAUGACUACUCCAGUUAUUACUCGGGUAGCUCCAACGACAGAUCAGAAACACUUGACGAAUGUGUCUGUGGCUUUCUUUGUGUCCCCACAAGUUGCAGAUCCACCCAAACCAAAUGAUGAGUCAAUCCAUUUGUCAAGCUUCCCAGCAGGCAAUUUUUAUGUUCGCUCUUUUGGAGGUUAUGCUGUGGAGCAGGACUAUAUCAAGAACAUCAAAGCUCUUAUGGAGGAUCUGAAGGUGGCUGGACUGCCCUUUGAUAAUCAACAUUAUAUUAUUGCUGGAUAUGACCCUCCUUUUAGGUUCAUUAACAGACACAAUGAAGUCUGGCUUUCUUCUGCUUGAAGCUGCUACUGAGUUGUUCAUUUGCAGAAUAAAAAGCAAUUUAAAAUGAUCUUCCUUGUAACUGGUCAGAGUUUUUAACUUUAAUCUUUUAAUAUAAUUCUGUACUAGUUUUCAAGUGCACUUAUUGUACAAUGUAUGCAAUUGCAUAGAGAAUUGGAGAGCUUGUGUUUUUCUGUUGAUUAGUUACAAGAUUUUCCAAUGCGUCAUUGCUUUCUGCAGUAAAGAAACUGGUAUGAAUUGCCAUGCCUCACAAAUGGCUGUGUGUGGUUUUGUGUUUAUGCAGUUGUGUGGGGCCUGCUGCUGUUUGAAAUGAUAAAAAUGCAUGUAGGAUAACAGUACAUGUAAACCUUCAAACAGAAUUUUCUCAUAAUCUGUUAACUAUCACUUAAAUGCAUGUUGGUCAUUACCUUAGUUUGAGUAAGUCGUCAAAUGUAUGACAGAUUACCUGGAAAGGACAAUACCUGCUGUAAUUGUCAAGAUAGAUUUGUACUUCAUAAUCAGAAAUGGUGAAAGUAUGAAGCUUUGAAUGAAAGCCCUAUUUGAACGGGAAACCUUUGGGACAUAUGUCUGUUAAGUUGCUGUUACCACACGAUAUCGGUAUUUUUUUACCAUGGAUUCACACGGGAUACUUUGUCUAGAAAAAUUACUGAGAUAGGUGUGCAUUCUACAGUUAUGCGUAACCUGAAAACAACCACAUGCAUUGUAGCGACAUAACUGUUAUUCAUCCCCAUGACAAGUUCCUUUGUCUACAAAUUCUUCCACUUGACCGACAUGCUAUGAAUCGUUUUGAUGUGGUUUGCACAAAGUGUGGACUGUUUGUUUUUUUCCACAAAACACUCUGAAAUUCGAGGGGGAAAUGUUGAUUGAAUUUUACUAGGGCCUUGUUUAACUUGGGAUUAUUUUUUACAGAGUUUUUGUAGAAGGUAAAGGGCUCUGUAAUCUUUACUGAAACUUGAACAAACUUGCCAUUCUCCGAUCAGGUUUACUGUUACUUGAUUGGCCGAUUUCCGAUUUUUU